CAUUAUGAGCUGAGUGGUGUCUCCUGUUUGUGUGUAGGUCUGCACGAAGUUAAAGGCCUGCUCAGACUUCAACAUUUAAAUAUCUGCUUUUGAACUUUACAAGAUUUUUCACUGUUUCAGUGAAAAUUAAGACUGGGUGGGAAUAAAAGCUACGAAUGAGUAAAAGUGGCGCCGCUUUCGGGAUGCCUCUCCAUAGCAUCUGGCCCUCACGUAGGAUAUUUUGUCAGGACUAAGGAAACGUCAGCACAAUGGGCAACGAGGAUUCCCUCGAAGAUGUGUUUGUUGCUGUCAUUCGCCCAAAGAAUCAAGUCAGCCUAAGCUCAAAGGAGUACAGAGCCAAAGCCUAUGAGAUCCUGUUGAUAGAAGUGCCUCUGGAAGGGAAGGAGAAGAAAAGAAAGAAAGUCCUCUUGGCGACAAAGAUCCAAGCAGGCGGCGAUAAAUCUAAACUGAUUUUGGAUUAUGCUGAAGAGGCAAUGAAGCCAUUGUCCAAUAACCAAAGUUUCACAGGAAAGCGUGUGGUGCACAUGAAGAAAUUCCCACUUGAUGGAGAUGGUGAAGGACGAGAAGCCUCACUUUUUAUUGUUCCAGUCAGUGUUAAAGACAACAGUAAGUCCGUGCACAGCGUCGGAACCCCCAGCUUCUACUGCUUCCAGGACAUCAUGCGUGUGUGCAGUGAGACCAGCGCUCACUUCUGCUCUGUCACCGCUAGAAUGCUCCUGGCCUUAGACAAAUGGCUAGCAGAGCAACACGCCAUUCCUCACGCCAUUCCUGCUUUGUUCCGGCCGGCACCCAUGGAGCGAGUGAAGACCAAUGUCAGCAACCCGGCGUACGGCAGCGAGGGCAAAGUGAUGGAUGGUGGUCUGCACAUGGGAUACACAGCCCUGGAGAUAAAGAGCAAGAUGAUGUCACUGGAGAAGGCAGACAUGUGCAUCCUCAACCCCUUAUAUGGUUCCGAUCUGCAGUACACAAACCGGGUAGACAAAGUCAUCAUCAAUCCUUACUUUGGGCUCGGAGCACCAGACUACUCCAAGAUCCAGAUUCCAAAGAGGGAGAAGUGGCCACACGGGCCAAACUGUGUAGCAGAAGACAAGGAGCACCAGUGGGUGGAAGACUUCCCCCUCCACCGCAGUGCCUGUGAGGGUGACACAGAGCUGCUGUCUAAGCUCCUGGACAGCGGCUUCUCAGUCAAACAGUUGGACAGUGACCACUGGGCUCCCAUUCACUACGCCUGCUGGCAUGGUAAAGUCGAGGCAACCAAGCUGCUGCUGGAAAAAGGCAACUGUAAUCCCAAUUUACUCAACGGCCAGCUCAGCUCCCCGCUGCACUUUGCAGCCAGAGGAGGAUAUGUAGAGAUCGUGCAGCUCCUGCUGCAGCACCCUGAGAUCGACCGGCACAUAGAAGACCAGCAGAAGAGAACACCUCUGCAAGUGUGCGAGGAAAAUAAGCAGAACGAAUGGGAGGAGACGCUGAAGCUUCUGCAGCAAGCCAACGGCAAACCUUAUGAGAAGGUGCGUAUCUAUCGCAUGGAUGGCUCAUAUCGCUCUGUGGAGCUGAAACACGGGAACAACACAACCGUGCAGCACAUUAUGGAAGGCAUGCGCCUGUCUGCGGACACACAGCAGUACUUCACCAUCUGGAUCUGCUCUGAGAACCUCCAUCUGCAGCUAAAGCCGUACCACAAGCCCCUGCAACACCUGCGGAUCUGGACAGAGAUUGUGACAGACCUGACGGUGCUCGAUCCUCAGAGAGAAACCCCUCAGCUCUUCCUCCGCCGAGAUGUCCGGCUGCCUCUAGACAUUGAGAAAAAGGUGGAUGAUCCGCUGGCCAUCCUGAUCCUGUUUGAUGAGGCGCGCCACUGCCUCCUGAAGGGUUUCUUUCCUGCUCCAGAUAGUAAACUGAUCACACUGGCCAGCCUCCUCCUGCAGAUCAUCUACGGCAACUAUGAGAGCAAGAAACAUAAGCAAGGAUUUCUCAAUGAGGAAAACCUUAAAUCAAUUGUGCCGAUAUCAAAAGUGAAAAGCAAAGCCUACCAUUGGACCCACAGGAUUCUUCACGAAUACAAAGCCCUGAGCACCAGUGAGGGGGUAAGCAAAGAGAUGCACCACCUGCAGCGACUCUUCCUGCAGAACUGUUGGGACAUCCCAACAUACGGAGCAGCUUUUUUCACGGGUCAGGUCUACACCAAGGCCAGCGCCAGCAACCACAAAGUCAUCCGAGUCUACGUUGGCGUCAACACUAAGGGACUGCACCUCAUGAACAUGGAGACCAAGGUCCUUCUCAUCAGUUUGGAGUACGGGACAUUCAUGUGGCAGCUUGGACACGCCGACCAGUACUUCCAGAUCCACAGCGGUGAAAACAAAAUGAACUUCAUUGUCCACACAAAACAGGCUGGCCUUAUUGUGAAGCUCCUAAUGAAGCUGAGUGGGCAGAUGACUCCAAGCGAUAAAGGUUUAUCAGAUAAAUACGCCUACGGCUGAAGCACAGACACAGCUGCCAAACACGUUCACGCUGGUUUCUUACUGCAGGCUGAGGAUAGAAAGCAAACGCCUCCCCACACGUCUCACUCCACUGUCUUCCAGCAACUUCAUGUCAUGCCGUUUGUAAAAGUAAAUAAAAACAAACAUAUAUUUUCACUGUGUGUAAAUAUGCUUAUUUAAUGUUUUGUUGUAAUAAAAAUGAAGUAUGUCUGAAAGAGUA